AUGCUGCCGCCAGUGCCAUCUCCCGAGGACUACGGGAUCACCCCCGGCUAUGGCUUCCUCCCCGCAGAGUUGCCCCUGGAGGUCCUCCCAGACCCGUACUACGCCAAAUGGGAGAAUCUCGUGCAGAACCUCCAGGCGCUGGUCUUGAGCAAAGGCCUGCGGUCGAUGGUGGAGCGUCUCCCCAUACUCUCCACCUGUCACCUCCAGACCGAUGCGGAGUGGCGUCGUGCCUAUGUCGUACUUGUAUUCAUCUUGCAUGGCUAUGUAUGGAGUGGCAACCACCCGGAAGAGAGAAUCCCGCCUCAGAUCACAGUUCCCCUGUUCGAGGUCUGCGAACGACUCGAAGUCCCUCCCGUCGCAACCUAUGCAGGGGUGUGUCUUUGGAACUAUCGGCCGAUCUUCCCCGACGAGCCAGCCGACACCCUGGAUAAUCUGGCUUGCCUACAGACAUUCACCGGGUCUCUAGACGAGCAAUGGUUCUACCUGGUCUCCGUUGCCAUCGAGGCCCGCGGAGCCGAUGCCAUCCCCCUCAUGCUCCAGGCAAUUACAGCAGCCCGCCAAGGCGACAGCCUGACCGUGACCGCGCUCCUACAGCGCCUAGCUCAGACCAUCGACGAAACCACCUCCCUGCUGCAGCGUAUGUACGACAACUGUGACCCCUACGUCUUCUAUAACCGGAUCCGCCCAUAUCUCGCCGGAAGCAAGAACAUGUCCGAUGCAGGCCUUCCAAACGGCCUCUUAUACGACGACGGCCAUAAUCCAGAAUACCGCCAGUACGGCGGCGGCAGCAACGCCCAGAGCUCGCUCAUUCAAUUCUACGAUAUUGUGCUUGGCGUUGAACACAGACCCACCGGCACUGGCCGCGAAGACAAAGAUAAGCCCGACUCCAGAUCACGCAAUAACUUCAUCCAUGAGAUGCGCACAUACAUGCCCGGUCCUCACAGGCGUUUCCUGGAAGACAUCGAAUCCGUCGCGAACAUCAGGACCUUCGUCGAAGCACGUCGAUCUAACUCCACCCUCUGCAUCGCCUAUGACGCAUGUCUUGCCAUGCUCCGCGUCUUGCGCGAUAAGCACAUCGCUAUGGUAUCUCGGUACAUCAUUAUCCCGUCGCGCGCGAAACCGACCACCGGGCGCACGAACCUGGCGACUGCCACGAGCGAGAAGAAGAAAAUGCGCGGCACUGGAGGCACCGCGUUGAUUCCUUUCCUCAAGCAGGCGAGAGAUGAGACUGGCGAGCCUGCUAUCGAUACAUGGGCCCGGAAAUUGCUUAGCAGUCCUGCGGAUAAGGCUUUCGCAUCGCUGAGUAAGGUUGGCGAGCAGCCGGAUGGUCAUCUUGAAGUUGUUGGGCUCUGUGGUACCUGGACAGCUGAGGAGAGCAAGGGAGGCAUUUGCCAUUGGUGA